GAACCAGUCACUUCUCGCUACGAGUGUCGGGGUGGGUUCAAUAGUCACGGGUGGCUUGCCUGACAGCGGCGAUCUUUCCGUGGCACCCAGUCCUAUGACAUCGAUGCAUCAGACCUGUAGAUGUCUAUUUUUGGUAUACCCAAUUCGGAAACCACGAACACAUCUAGAAGGAAAACAUCAUAUGGAUCAAGCGGUGUGAGAUUUCAUUGAGCGAGCAGGAGCGACUGAAAACAUAUAAAUGCCUCCGUCUUUCCAUGUCCCUUGAAAGAAUAACACAUCCAUCAAACCAGCAUUUUCUCAUCUUCUCAUUGACAAGAAGCCUCUUCAAAAACAUCUCAUACCAAUUCAUUCAAAGCAUUAUAUCAAAAUGAAGACCUCUUUCAUCACCGCGGCUUGCUCUACCUUCGCUGCUCUGUCCAGCGCCGCUCCCACUGAUAGCUCAACCUUCGAAGUCGCCAUCACCUUCUGGGGCGCCGACGGUUCCUCGUUCUUCCAAAGCUUCCCAGCUGACGAUACCACUCAUGCAAUCACCAACCCACUGUCAAUUACCAAGAUUUCCUCUGUCGGAGGCGGAUUCUGCACCUUCCAAGGAGUUGACGGCAGCAGCACUGUGGUGGCUGGUGAGGUUACUGUGCCUGUCAGCCCACCACAGACCCAGGUAUCUGGAACCUGCGAUAUUCUGUGAACGAUGAGAAAAAGCUUCCUAUUGAGACACGGGAAUGAUUGUGACGAUGACGUGCUCAUGUCGGCCUGGGGAUCGUUACGACCAGAGGACACCGAUGAAUCAAUGACUCUAUGUGAUUAGCUCGACAGUAUAUGUUGGUCCUGCAUUGGCUUAAUGUUUUGUUGGUAUUGGUGUAAUUAGCAAGUGAUGACCUGGAAAUCUUCCAGCGCCCGCAUGAAUUCGACACUUGUUUUUCAAUACACUUUAGGCUCG